AUGCCCUAUUCAUUUCAUAGCCAUUCUGGUCAAUUUUGUAAACAUGGCUAUGGCCAGUUAGAAGACGUAGUGAAAGAGGCCAUUCGUAAGGGGUUUCAUACUUAUGGUCUUAGUGAACAUAUGCCUCGAUAUACUCAGUCUGAGCUAUAUCCAGAAGAAAUAGAGGCUCAAUGCACACCAGAAACGUUGGCAACUGCUUUUCAUAGUUUUCAAACAGAAGCAAGACGUCUUCAAGACAAAUAUAAAGAUCAAAUCAAUAUAUUGAUGGGUGCUGAAAUUGAGUUUAUUAAUUCAGAUUAUAGUCAACGCAUCAAGGAAAUUAGAGAAACAUAUAAACUAGAUUAUGUUGUAGGCUCACUUCACCAUGUUAAUUCCAUUCCUAUCGACUAUUCUCCCGAACUUUAUCAUAAAGCCUUAGGUGACGGUGACAUGAAGUCAUUUUACAUUCGCUACUUUGAUGAACAAUUCGCCAUGCUUCAAGCUGUUCAACCUGAAAUUGUAGGCCAUUUUGAUUUGAUUCGCAUCUUUGCUGAUAAAGACGAUACGACCAUCGUGGACCCCAAAGUAUGGAAGUGUGUGGUUCGUAAUUUGGACUAUGUUAUUGCGUAUGGUGGUUUAUUUGAAAUCAAUUCAAGAGCUUGGAAAAAGGGUUUACAUGAUGCUUAUCCACAACGCAAUAUUAUCCAAACGAUUCUUGAAAAAGGAGGCAAAUUUACUUUAUCUGAUGAUUGUCACGGACCCAACGAUGUUGGAUUGUUUUAUGAAAAGUUACAAGCCUAUUUAACAGAAAAUAAGAUAAAUACAAUCUAUUAUCUGGCAAAUGAAAAUGGACAAAUUACAGUGAAAGAACAUCAAAAUAUAUUAGAGGAUGCAUUUUGGAAAAGAAUACAAAAUUGGUGA